CAGCCCGAGGGGCGUGGACCUGGGCGGGGCGAGCGGUGGUGCUUUAAGAGGCCGGAGCGCCGGGAGGCCGGCCGGGCGGGGACUGACCGUACUGAGCGAUGGAGACCGCCCGGGACUGCGCCGGAGCCCUGCUCAGGCCCCUGACGUUUAUGGGGUCGCAGACAAAGAAGGUGCUGUUCACACCCCUCAUGCAUCCCGCUCGCCCCUUUCGUGUCUCCAACCAUGACCGGAGCAGCCGCCGAGGGGUGAUGGCCAGUAGCCUACAGGAGCUUCUCAGCAAGACCCUGGAUGCACUGGUGGUCGCCAGCCAACUGGUCACCUUGGUGCUGGAGGAGGAUGGCACUGUGGUGGACACAGAGGAGUUCUUCCAGACCCUGGGGGACAACACACACCUCAUGGUCCUGGAGCAGGGGCAGAAAUGGACACCGGCUGGCCACCAAACCCCAGCCCGCCGGCCGCCUCAGAGACGGGGCAUCGCGAAAGUCACCUUCGACUUGUACAAGCUGAGCCCCAAGGAUGUCAUUGGCUGCCUCAACGUGAAGGCCACCAUGUACGAGAUGUAUUCUGUGUCCUACGACAUCCACUGCACAGGGUUCAAGGCCAUGCUCAGGAGCCUGCUGCGGUUCCUCUCUCACGCUGCCCAGGUGACUGGCCAGUGUCUUGUCCACAUGGGCACCUACAUGCUCCGAGUGCUGGCUGAAACAGAGGAGCAGGCGGUGCCUGGCUCGCGCCCUUGGAGAGGGAUCAAGAGAGGGUAGGGGCACACCUGGGAGGUCAGCCAGCUUUGACCCAGCCGGUUCCUCUAGGGUAUGAAUUUGGAAAAUGCUGUGUUCCCACCACGUAUCACCUGCUCAGGAAAGAAAACGGGCCUGAGCGACUAUCAGGGACUGGGCGGGGGUCCCUGGGGUGGUGGUACCUUCGGUGGGGGCUAGGAUGGCAGGAUCCAGGGGCUGCACAGUGCCUUCCGCUCCACAAUAAACCCAUCAGGAAAGCUGCUAUGAUA